AUGUGUCCAGCGGAACGAUACUGCAUAUAAACAUGAAUUUAGAUUUUGAGAAACAAUGGACUACGUGAAAGAUAAACAUGAACGCAAAAUUGAAGGUAUGUCGAAAAAUGCACACGACUUUAUUGAUAAAAUACAAAUCUUCGACUCACUCCUGAACAAAAGUGUUUCCGAAAGGUAGGCAAAUUAACGCAUUUACACUGAAACAUAUAAUCAAAUCAAAUACAUCUUUUUCACGUGUUUAAUGAUUUUGGUGACGGUAUUACUACAACAGGCGUAGCAAACACGUAAGACUUGAAUCUCUUAGAUAUCUGUACGAAAGUUUCUACAUGCCACUGGUGUUUUUAAUACUUGGUGCGAUUCCUGUACUGCCGUUGUCCAUUUUCCAGAAACUGGAAGAAGAUUUUCCACUUAAUGAAAUACUUAUAGCACUUUCGGUUUUGUUAUGGUCUUUGGCAUUGCAUACUAUAACCACAAUUUUGAGACGUUUUAUUAUUGUACCAUGGGGGAUUACAAUCAUUCUAGCUGUGGUGCCAUUGAUAAUUGGUUGCAAAACAGAAAAGCAGAGUGCAAAAAAGAGAAUAAUACUAAUGGGCGUUGCUUGUGGAAUGAUUCUUUUGAGUGUCGUCCUCCUUAUUGCUUUUAGACUUUCCAAAUUUGAAAAAACUGCAUACAUUUCCACUGGACUGUCCUUGGCUUUCGCUAUACAACUUGUGGGUCAGACAUUGAAUUUCGAAGAUAUUCAUGUGUUAUUUGUCUUUCAUUCCGAAUUUUUCAAUUACCAGGUGUUAUAUCUCGCUGGACAAGGUUUAAAGCGUUGUGGCAAUGCAACAACGAAGACCCUUCUGCCAGCUUGGUUGGCCCUUAUUACUUGAGCGUGUGUUGCACUGUUAUUUAUAUCCAUAUCAUUUAUGUUUAUGGAGGGCAAAGUUGAACAAGAGAACUUUUAAUACUUCAACGUGUUCCUGUUUGGCAAUUUAAAUGUCGUUUUUGUGCAUAAAUCAUCCAACUGUUUGUUCCUAUACUUGGUUUUGUUUUCAAGAUGAAUCCUAUUUAAAAAAUAUAUUUUGCAUUCAUAAAUGUUAUCCUGUAUUAUACCAAGACUCCACGAAUAAAGCAUUAAAUGGAAUAUGAAUGUCAGCUGCCUUUGGCUAAAUAUACUUCACUCAAGUUAGCCUGGUAAUGCGAGAAUAACGCACUUCAAAACAACGCUUUUUUACACUAAUUAACGCCUGCAGUUUGCUUCGGUAAUCAGAAUUAUCCAUGAUAACUGCUAAUGAACAUUAGUAUGGAUCAUUAACACUAAAACGGACCUCCUUUCCACUUACCAUGAAACCUUUGACAUUCACGCAAAAUCUUGAUAUUGGAUUGACCAUUACAGAGAUAAAUGUCAGCAGUGAGUCAUUUAGUUCGUAUUAUUAUGUUUGUUAACCGCUGAUUCACUCGAGUACCAUGUUUAUUGGAAUUCUCUAAUAGUUUCUGCAUUUUUUUAUGUUUUUAAAAUUUCGGCGUUUUCCCAAUCAAAAUGGUGUCCACAAUUAUCUCUAUGCACUUAUAUGAAAGAUU